AUGUUUCCUCUACUAACAAAGUACAUAAAAAACCCUUCGAUUCCGUUUGAGCAAAAGAACGAGGUGAUUCAAAACGUGAUGACAAAGUUGAAACCCGAGAACACAAAAUAUUACUUAAGCUUGAUCGAAGCAAAUAGCGCCAUUCUCGGAACAUCAGAAGAAAUCACUCCGACACUCAAAGAAGGGUUACAACAACUUCUGAAUGAUAUGAGUGACGUCAAGAACACAAUAGAAUCAGAAGUACUCAAAAGCUCGACAGUGCCCCUCUUCCUUUCACAGUGCUUUGAGAUUUUUAAUAUGUACAACACAUCCCUCUCAAAGCAGUGCGUCAUCCCAAUACAAGAACUCUUGGAACCAAUAGCACUCCCAGCUGAAGUCGUUGACAAGAAAAUCCGAAGAGAAAAUUUGAAAUACAAGUUGUGCUCGUUGCUCCAAACAGCAGACCCUUUGAAGUUACAAGUCUUAGUUAAGGAAUUGGACGAAUCUCAAUGUGAAGAGGGGAUGGACUUCACUAUCGAUAUUGACAAACUUGACUUGGACACACUCGACAGGUUUUGUCAGAUUCUUGUUUGA